GAUUGAUUUGGUUUUUGAGAUGUUUAGAGUUUAAAUUUUGCUUCUUUUUUAUGUCAGUGCCCUUUUUGAAUAUUCUAUAUCUAUUUUUUGCUUUAGAUUUGCAUAUUAAAAAAAUUUCUCCCCUUUUGUUUGGCAUUUGACGAUUCUUUCUUUUGUUUUAUUUGAUCCACGUACUGUUAUAGUAGUCUUGGGGAGACGUGUUUUCUUGAUCUUUUGUGUCAAGUAUAGUUUUUGCAGAGUGAAUUUUCUUUUCAAUUCCCUUUUACAGUCCUAGUUUUUUUACUUGACAAAUCUUUGCUCGAUAUGGUUUUGUUGUGGUGAUUUUUUGUCCUUUGUGUGAUAUUGGGAGUGUGAUUAGCAAAUUUUCGUUUCACACUGUGCUAAUGGUUGCCAUUUGCAACUGCACACCUGGUGUGGUUUUUUUUUAAAUGCAUGAUUUUGUGUUAUACAUAAUAUCAUAUGAUGACUAGUUGGGUUGUGGCUAAUAAAUUCCUUAACUCAGGAAGGUGAGAGCAAUUGACAUCUUCAAUUCUUUGCUCUUUAUGGUUUAUGGGGAUGUUUCUUUAGCAGAUGAAUCAUAUGAUGAUUGGUUAGGUUACGAACCUCGUACUCAGGAGAUACAUUUCCAUUGUUAUGCUCUUUAGACAGGGUCUCUUAGGUUAAGGAGCCAUAACCUUGAAGAAAUAAGGGAAGGAGACCAAGGAGAAAACACGUUUUGGUGGUUGACCACGCUAUUGUGGCAUCUAACAAUCAGUUUUUUGAUGACAAUCCGAAAUAAGCCUGAGGUUAUUGAACCUCCUCAAAAUAAAGGCAUGACAAAUAUCGUUGAAUGUGUAAACAGUCCUCCUAAGACAGCAGCUUUAAAACCUAAUGUGACUGUGUCUAGCAGUGUUCAUGAAUUAUUGGAGUGUCCCGUGUGCUUAAAUGCCAUGUAUCCUCCAAUUCAUCAGUGUUCAAACGGUCACACAUUAUGUUCCAGUUGCAAGCCCAGAGUUCAUGACCGAUGCCCCAUUUGCAGGCAUGAACUUGGCAACAUUAGAUGUCUUGCGCUAGAGAAAGUUGCUGCAUCUCUCGAACUUCCAUGCACUUAUCGUAGUUUUGGGUGCAUAGGAAUAUACCCUUAUCACAGCAAGUCAAAACAUGAAUCCCAAUGUGUGUUUAGACCGUAUAGCUGCCCAUAUUCUGGAUCAGAAUGCACGGCUAUUGGUGAUAUUCCUUAUCUGGUGACCCAUUUGAAAGAUGAUCACAAAGUUGACAUGCAUAAUGGCAGUACUUUCAACCACAGAUAUGUCAAAUCAAAUCCACAUGAAAUUGAGAACGCAGCAUGGAUGCUGACGGUUUUUAGCUGCUUUGGUCAGUAUUUUUGUCUGCAUUUUGAAGCAUUCCACAUCGGGAUGUCCCCAGUCUACAUAGCAUUCCUGAGGUUUAUGGGCGAUGACAAUGAGGCAAAGAACCAUAGUUACAGUCUUCAAGUAGGUGGAAGUGGUAGGAAGAUGACAUGGCAAGGGGUGCCUAGGAGCAUUAGGGAUAGCCACCGGAAGGUUCGGGAUAGUUUUGAUGGUCUUGUUAUCCAGCGCAACAUGGCCCUUUUAUUCUCUGGUGGAGAUAGGAAAGAAUUGAAGCUUCGGGUGACUGGUCGGAUUUGGAAAGAACAAUGACAGGAUGAUUAAAUCAUCACAACUUCUUCCUAUUAUAGUUUAUCUUCACACCUAGUGAUUAGUUUCUUCUUGUAGCUAGUCCCAUGACCUUCAGUCAUUUAUUUUUUGAAUUAUAGGAGGAAAACUCUCUUUGCUUGUCCAUCCAUCAAAUACACGAGUGGGAGACCUUACUCUUGUCCCUGCAAUUACAGAAUCUAUGUAGGUUUGCCGCAUUGCUCUUUAGCACCUGUGGAGAUA